AUGGUUGCCCGGGACAAAUACGCUGAGGUGGUAUUGGAAUUGAAGUAUGAUGAGGAGAAUAUGCAGGAUGAGUCUAUGAGCCUUACGCCGGUCUUGGUUAACGGAACAAGUGGGAUGGCGAGUGAGAGGACAUCGAUCAAGAGAAGUCUAGAUCUGUCUGCAAGCUGA